AUGUCUACGCCCCUUUGGCGAGAGCCUUCAACGGCCUUGGACCGAAGCACCUCUUCCACGCAGGGAGCGGACGAGGAGGGCGAGGAGGGGGGCGAGGAGGGCCAUGGCGAGGCUGCGCACGGCGCGCGAGCAGCGGGCGCGACUGGCCGAAAGCAGGAUCUUCUGGAUCGGCUCCAAACCGCUUUGGACAUCGAGAAGAUGACCGUGACGAAGUUGAAAGCUCAGCUGGCCGAACAAGGCUUGGAGACGAAGGGCCUAAAGGCGGAGCUGGUGAAGCGCCUCACCUUCUCCUUGCUCUCAAGACGCCGAGCUGCCCGAGCUGCCGCAACUCAGCCUACGCAGCCCCAAAAGGAGGCAGCUUUAGCUCCACGGUCUCUUCGAGCGAGCUCCGAGCUCGAGAGGCUGAGCAGCUCCGGCAGCUGGUUUCUGGGGCGCGUGCGGGUGGUGAUGGCCUUCGGCGUCUUCGUUGAAACCUCCGAGGGCUGGGGAAUGAUCCCAGUGGAGGAGCUGCCCCAAGACUUCACUGUCACCACGCAGCGCACCACGCAGCGGCCGCAGCGUGUGAACCCCUCGGCCUUCUCUUUGGACGAGCCCGUGGAGGUAAAGGUUCUUCACGUCCACGUGGACUCCGGCUGCCUGCUGCUGUCCAUGAAAAUGAAAGGGUUCGGCCGCGCCACGAAAUUCAACGACAUUAUGAGACAUGACAAGCUUGAUUCUCGAAAUGUCAGUGCCGUCUCGCGUUUUCGGCUUCAGCUUUGGGCAAUGGAUUCUGGCCGCGGCCUCGCCGUCAAAGCCGUCACCGCGAAGCGUCGCAUCGCCGAAGCCAAAAUGCCGAUCGACUCCUUGGAGCUGGAGCUACAGAGCACGCCCGUGCUCGGCUCCAACUUCCAGGCCCCGAGGCGCUUCACGGUCUCGGAGGCUGUGGGCCAGGGUGCCUAUGGCGUGGUCUGCUCUGCAAGGGAUGAGCACACGGGAGACACGGUCGCGAUCAAGAAGAUCGAGAGUGCUUUCGAUGACAUCACUUUCGCGAAGCGGACCUUGCGGGAGCUUAAGAUUCUGCGGCACCUGCGCCACGAGAACCUCAUAGAUAUUAGGUAUGUCUUCUUGCCUGGCUUGAAGUCGGGCUUCGAGGACAUCUACGUAGUUUCUGAGCUCAUGGAGACGGAUUUGGCCUCGAUUCUGAAGAGUCCCCAGCCGCUCUCCGAUGAGCACUGCCAGUUUUUCAUCUACCAGAUCCUUCGUGGGCUGAAGUUCAUGCACUCGGCCGGUGUGAUACAUCGAGACCUAAAGCCGCGGAACUUGCUGGUCAACAGCAACUGUGACCUGAAGAUCUGCGACUACGGGCUGGCGCGCCUUGCGAUGAGCAACGGCGACUUCCGGCCGCUCACGGAGUACGUUUGCACUCGGUGGUACCGGGCACCCGAAGUUCUCUGCUCUUGGGCAGACUACGGACCUGCCAUCGACAUGUGGUCCCUGGGAUGCAUUUUCGCCGAGAUGCUCAGGCGGCGGCCUUUGCUUCCUGGGAAGAACACGCAGCACCAGCUGCAGCUGAUCAUCAGCAACCUGGGCUCACCCGACGCCUCCGCGUUGAACAGGAUCAACAACGAGAAGUGCCGGAAAUUCAUCGAGUCCCUGCCACGAACCCAGGGUCGCGCGGCCCUCUACGAGGCCGUAGGAACGGUGCCUCCCCUGGUUUUGGAGCUCUUGGACUCCACGCUUCAGUUCAAUCCCGAUCACCGAGUGACCGUGGACCAGGCGCUGGCCCUGCAGUACUUGGAGCAGCUGCACUGCCCGGAGGACGAGCCCUCGAGUGCCGCGCUGGACCUGAGCGACUUCGAGUUCGAGCGCCGGAAGAUCGACCUCGCGGCCCUCCGCGAGGAGAUUUUCCUCGAGGCCCUCCGCUACCACCCCGAGGUGGAGCGACGCUACAAGCAGGAGCAGCUGCAGAUGGGCACGGCCUACGACAUCCAAGCAUACCGACUGCUGGCGCCGGGGGAGUCGCAGUACGACGAGGACGAGGCUACCUGA